AUGGUUUGCACCGCUAACGAUCUCGAUGCAAAUCCCAUCAUCAACGAGGUGAUUGGCAAAGCAACAGAUGUGCCGCCGGGAACGAAGAAGGUCUUCAGUGUCAAAGGAAAACCGAUUCUAGUGAUCAACGACAACGGAUUUUUCUACGCCACCAGUGGAAUCUGUUCGCACUACAACUUUUCUCUAGAAAAUGGGAUCUACUCACAAGGAAAAAUUCGAUGUCCGCUUCAUGGUGCGUGCUUCAACGUAAAAACCGGCGAUAUCGAAGAUUUCCCGGGAUUUGACAGUUUAAACACCUAUGAUGUCAAAGAGGUGGAUGGAAAUCUGGUGCUGAACACUACGGAACAGCAGUUGGCAAAUUCACGUCGAACGCGCAAAUCAAAUUUACACGCCCCAAACAAUGAUGCUCCAAUCAUUGUUAUUGGAGGAGCAAAACACAGUAAUAGAAAAGAGUCUCCUGAUUCCGGAGGAAAGCCUGGUACGGUAGCGCCAGGUAGGACGGGGUUGCAGGAGUCAUGUAGGCUACCAAAACGGAAAAGGACUAGGAUGGCGAUCUGUACUUAUAACGCACGUACGCUUGCAUCGGAAGCGGCCAUCGAAGAUCUGAUGAUGCAAGCCAAGAAGAUCAAGUACGACGUCAUCGGACUGACCGAGACGAGACGACGUCACCCUCUCAACGCCGUAUAUGAAACUGGAGAAGAACUGUUCUUAGGAACAUGCGACAGUAGAGCUGUUGGUGGAGUUGGCGUCCUCGUCAACACGAGUAUGGCAAAGAACAUCGACUCUUUUGAACAACUUACGACCCGAAUCGGACGUCUGCGGAUGAGAAGAUGUGGCCCAAUACCAGCUUUGACUAUCUUCGUCGUUUACGCUCCAACAUCAAGCUACGAAGAAGAAGAAGUCGAAGCUUUCUGUAUGGACCUGGAGAAGUUCUACCAAGAAGAUCAUGCCUUCUACAAGGUCAUAGUUGGCGAUUUCAACGCUAAGGUUGGCCCAAGAAGAACGCCGGAGGAACUUCACAUCGGGACCCACGGCCUACAAUGGAAUGACCAGGGAGAGAGGCUCUCCGAGUUCAUCAUGACGACUAAGACCAUCCAUGGGAACUCGCAAUUCCAGAAGCCCUCUUCUUUACGCUGGACGUGGGAGUCACCCGGUGGAGGGUACCGUAAUGAAAUAGACCACAUCAUCGUCAAUAAAAGGUUCUGCCUGACGGACGUCGGUGUUGUACCAAAGUUCUAUACGGGAUCGGACCAUCGCCUCCUCCGAGGAAGAUUUUCCUUCACAAGGAGAGCAGAGAAAGCCGCCAAGUUCAGAGAGAGAAAUCCCAGGACUACCAUCAACUGGGAUCUCUUCGCUACGCUGGCCGGCUUUUGGGAAGAUUCUGCAAUGGACAACAUCGACGAGGAAUAUGACCGGCUUGUCGAACACCUUCACGACUGCGCGAAGAAGGCUGAGAGUUUUAAAUCCACCAAGAGGCGUCUGUCUCUUGAAACUCUUGAGCUGAUACGCCAGCGUGGAGCAGCACGAGCCGCAGGGAACCAAGAACUCACGUCCGAGCUCGCAAGGCUUUGCCGAGAGGCGAUAAAGGAAGACCUUAAAGAGAGAAGAGCAGAAGUGCUGGCUGAAGCUGCAGAGGCGGGGAAAAGCAUCCGCUAUGCCCGUCGAGACUUCGCCAGUCGCAAGACGAGGAUGACUGCUCUCCGGAACCCAAAGGGAACAGCCAUUGCAUCGAGAAGGGGGAUGGAGAAAAUCAUCUACGACUUCUACUCUGAUCUCUUCGACAGCCAUGUCCACUUGCCUCCUCACCAUCUGAGGGAAGAUGGACAAGUCAUUCCAGAGGUUCUCCCGUCCGAAAUACGACAUGCUAUCAUGUCGGUAAGAAAUCGUACGGCACCCGGUCCCGACAGAAUAAGACCAGAACACCUGAAGAGCCUUCCGCCAGUACUCAUCAACACCCUGGCGAGGCUCUUUACACGUUAUCUGUCGGAAUGCAAGGUUCCUAAACAGUGGAAGACCAGCAAGACCGUGUUGUUGUAUAAAAAGGGAGAUCCACAUGACAUCGGCAACUGUCGCUCAAUCUGCUUACUGUCCGUCAUCUACAAGUUCUUUACAAAAGUGAUCCUUAAUAGGAUUGAAAAAUUCUUGGAUGAAGGACAGCCAUGCGAGCAAGCAGGGUUUCGAAAAGGAUUCAGCACGAUUGACCACAUUCACACUGUUUCGAAACUCAUCGAGGUAUCACGAGAGUACAAGAUGCCGCUUUGUCUCACCUUCAUCGACUUAAAGAAGGCCUUCGACUCGGUUGAGACGGAAGCGGUCGUGGAAGCCUUGGACAACCAAGGCGUCCCUACUCAGUAUAUAAAGGUAUUUCGAGAGUUGUACAGUAUCUUCACGACUGGAAUUUCGCCAUCCUACAAGAACAUCAUCAUUGACGUGAAGAGGGGGGUCCGACAGGGUGAUACAAUUUCACCCAAAAUAUUCACAGCCACCCUCGAGAACGCAAUGCGAAAGUUGGAAUGGGACGACAUGGGAGUGAAGGUUGAUGGUCGGCAGCUACACCAUUUGCGCUUUGCUGAUGACAUCGUACUGGUAACACCUAGCAUCAGCCAAGCGGAACGAAUGCUGACCGAAUUCGACGAAACAUGUGGAUGCAUCGGUCUUCAGCUGAAUCUACGAAAGACGAUGUUCAUGCGGAACGGAUGGGUCUCGGAUGCCCCAUUCACGCUCAACGGAACGAACAUAUCCGAAUGCACCAGCUACGUUUAUCUGGGUCGGGAACUGAACAUGAUGAACGACCUGACCCCCGAGCUGGGCAGGAGGAGACGAGCGGCUUGGGGAGCGUACAAGAGCAUCGAGGAUGUAGUGAAGAAGACCAGGAACACCCGGCUCCGUGCUCACCUCUUCAACACCACCGUACUUCCUGCUUUGACCUAUGCUUCGGAAACCUGGGCAUUUCGCAAGCAGGAGGGAAAUGCGAUCAGCAUCACAGAACGUGAAAUUGAAAGGGUGAUGCUAGGAGCAACCCGCUUUAUGCAGGUGAGGGACGGGAUUCGAAGUUCUCUCCUACGUCAGCGAUCGAAGAUUAGAGACGCCGCGUUUGCCAAGGAAAGCAUCAGCGCCGCUACAUUUGUUGAACAAGUUAGACUAAAUGGCUGUGCUGCACCCAUCACUAUAAUAACUGAGGAAGAGUUACCGCCUUAUGAUAGAGUCCAACUCAGUAAGAAACCAACAGCUGAAGGAAAGGAGCUGCGACUACGAAGUGACGAGUUUUACAAAGAAAACUUUAUCAAUGUUAUAACUAAUGCUACGGUUACCGGUGUCGAUUUCUCAAUUCGCAAAGUCAAACUGUGGACCGGUGACACAAUGCAAUACAGUAAGCUUGUGCUGGCAUUAGGAGGAGCACCUAGAAAACUCACAUGUCCGGGAGCAGACUUGAAGAACGUACACACACUUCGCGUUGCUUCCGAUGCAAAUACUAUAGCUGCAGAGUCUGUUGGAAAACAUGUCGUAUGCAUAGGAGGAUCAUUUAUAGGUAUGGAAAUUGCAUCCGCCCUGAUGGGUACGGCUGCCUCUGUGACUGUCGUCUGUAACACUGAUGAACCGCUACCAGCCUUAGGCCCAGAUAUCGGCUGUGUAAUCAGAAACCGUUUCGAAGAGAAAGGUGUUCGAGUGUUGGUGAAAAGUUCUGCACAGAAACUCGAAGGAACGGAUGUGGUCACAGGUGUCACAUUAAUAACCGGUGAAACGAUCCCAGCUGAUGUGGUCGUAGUAGGAAUUGGAGUCGUUCCACCAACGGAUUGGCUGAAAGGUACUCGUGUGGAAUUGGACGAGCGAGAUCAUAUUGUAGUGGAUCAUCUUUUCAGGACCACUGCCGACUGGGUCUAUGCUAUUGGAGACGCCGUUUCUGCACCGUUGCCAUUGUGGGAUAUUGAAAACAUCAACAUUCAACAUUUCCAAACUGCACAGGCUCAUGGUCAUCUACUUGGGUACUCGAUUGUCGGCCGACCAUAUCCUACGCAGUUGGUGCCGUUCUUCUGGACAGUGUUCUUCUCUCAAUACGGAAUACGUUUCGCUGGAUGUGCACAGAGUUCAUCGCAUGUCAUCGUCCACGGAAGUUUAGCAGAUCUUGAUUUCGCAAAAUAUUACUUAAGCUACGAAGAAGAAGAAGAAGUCGAAGUUUUCUAUAGGGACCUGGAGAAGUUCUACCGAGAAGAUCAUGCCUGCUUCAAGGUCAUAAUUGGCCAUUUCAACGCCAAAGUUGACCCAAGAAGAACUCUGGAGGAACUUCACAUCGGGACCCACGGCCUGCAAUGGAAUGACCAGGGAAGCCCUCCUCUCUACGCUGGACGUGGUAGUGACCUGGUGGAGGGUACCGUCGGACCAUCGCCUCCUCCGAGGAAGAUUUUUUUUCACAAGGAGAGCAGAGAAAGCCGCCAAGUUCAGAGAGAGAACGAAGAGGAAUAUGACCGGCUCGUUAAACACCUUCACGCGAAGAAGGCUGAGAGUUUCAAAACCACCAAGAGAUGUCUGUCUCUUGAAACUCUUGAGCUGAUAAGCCAGCGUGGAGCAGCAGGAGCCGCAGGGAACCAAGAACUCACGUCCGAGCUCGCAAAGCUUUGCAGAGAGGCGAUAAAGGAAGAUCUUAAAGAGAGAAGAGCAGAAGUGCUGGCUGAAGCUGCAGAGGCGGGGAAAAGCAUCCGCUAUGCCCGUCGAGACUUUGCCAGUCGCAAGACGAGGAUGACUGCUCUCCGGAACCCAAAGGGAACAGCCAUUGCAUCGAGAAGGGGGAUGGAGAAAAUCAUCUACGACUUCUACUCUGAUCUCUUCGACAGCCAUAUCCACUUGCCUCCUCACCACCUGAGGGAAGAUGGAAAAGGCAUUCCAGAGGUUCUCCCGUCUGAAAUAUGA